GCAAUACUCUGGAGACCUAUAAAGAGGCAAGUGGCAGUCUUAGAAAGAUAACCAGCGCUCGAAAAUUAAAUGCAGCAUCUUCUGUCCUGCUUUCUGCGUGGGCUGGCGAAGCACCGCAACCGAGGGAAGAAAUGAACACAGUGAGAUGGAGGGUUCUUAGCGCUUCGCUGUGAAUCUGCAGUAGGAGCGUUGUGCACUUUCUGAGACUUUGGAAUUUACAGACACCGUUUUAGCAGCAUGUCUGCAUUCUCAUCUCUCGCUAAUGCCUUAGCCGAAAAUGCUUGCGUCUUUUAAAGUUCACAGAAUUGCGUUAGUUAUAGAAUGGCUGCCUUCUGUCUUUUCCUAGAGGGAUGGCGAUAUUUUAUCACCCUUACCUGGAAACCCGGAGACUUCUGCACAAACUGCUGGUCAUGCUGUCGCUUUGCACUAUAUGCGCUUCACUUUUUUACUUUCUGGGCGGCUGUUGCGAGACUGAUAUUGUUGAAAACACGGGCUUGGGGCAAUCAACUCAGCUGUUCUUCACAGGGCGAUACCACGAAAAGAACGUAUCAUAUGAUAGUAACUUCAUAAACGCUCCCAGCUUGGCCACGGGGUCGCCGGAUGCUGUAGGUACAAGUGCGAGAAGUCUGGAGACAAGCAGCCCAGGAAAGGACUGGGCUGCGGCACGGAGGCUACCUCAGGCUCUUAUCAUAGGUGUGAAGAAAGGUGGAACCCGGGCGCUCCUGGAGUUCCUGAGACUUCACCCCGACAUUAGGGCGCUGGGAUCGGAACCGCACUUCUUCGACAGGCACUACGCACGGGGUCUGAACUGGUACAGGAGCAUGAUGCCUAAGGCUCUCGAUGGUCAGAUUGUGAUGGAGAAGACACCCAGAUACUUUGUCACUGCUGAGACUCCGGCUCGCAUCUAUGCCAUGUCCAAAGAGAUCAAGCUGAUUGUGGUGGUCCGCGAUCCCAUUACGAGGGCUAUUUCAGAUUAUACUCAGAUCAUAUCCAAAACUCCGGACAUCCCCAGCUUCGAGACUCUGACCUUCAAGAACAGGACUAUGGGGCAGAUUGAUGCCCUGUGGAGCCCGAUUUGGAUCGGGAUGUAUGCUCAGCACCUGGAGAAGUGGCUGGCUUACUUCCCCCCAUCUCAGAUUCAUUUCGUCCACGGAGAGAGGCUGAUCAGCGAUCCAGCUGGGGAACUGGGCAAAGUUCAGGACUUCCUGGGCCUCCAGAGGAUCAUCACAGACAAACAUUUUUACUUCAACAAGACUAAGGGCUUUCCCUGCCUGAAGAAGCCAGAGGGGAGCAGCAAGCCCCAUUGCCUUGGAAAAACCAAAGGCAGGACACAUCCAAAAAUUGACCCGAAAGUAAUCCAGAGACUAAAGGACUUUUAUCAUCCACAUAACCUGAAAUUUUACCAAAUGGCUGGACAGGACUUUGGCUGGCAGUGAGCCAGUGUGUAAAAGUCUCUACUCUCAUCGCUUUCUUUGAAAGAACCACUGAAAUGCUUUAAGCAUGUUAUUCAAAGUGAAGCCAAUCCUGCCCGGGAACAUGGGCUUGUAUUCCAAUUGUAUCCAAUAUUGCUUUGCCCAAAUGAAUCCUCCCACUGCAAUGUAAAAAGUGAGACUUUUAUGCUUCUGUAAAACAACAAACCAAUGAUUCUCAUUUUUAAACUGUUUUUAAAACUUGUUCAUUUUAUUUUAAUGCCA